GCUGUGAGUCACCAGCACCAAGUACCUCCAUCAAAUGAGGUCCAUCUGUCAGUCAGCUGGCUAGUGGUCGACCAUCGCAUCCGCCCCAUGAGCCCCUCCCCCACUCACAGCAGCAGCAGCAGCAGCACCACCGCCACCGCCAGUGCCAUUUAACAGACGAUCAGACAUGACUGCACACACACACAGAGAGAGAAGAGAGACACAUGAACCGCGCGUGCGUGUGUCGUGCCCCCCUCUCUCUUUGGCUGACAUGACGGCCUUGGUUCCUUCUCGUCAUCUCCUGGUAUGAGUGUGGUGAUUGGCACCCACUCGGGCGGCUCCUGGUCGCCACACCGCCAUGAUAUCACCUGCAGAGAAGAAUGCAUCAUGCAACAUUCACCAAUGGGUUUUCCUUCCCGUCCUCCUCCCCCCCUUACUGUUCCGUCAUCUGCCGCUGCGGUGAGGACGGUGCCGGUGACGUUGAAGCACACACGCCAUAUCUGCACACAUACAGCCCACAGUUGUCACGAAGCAUGCACUGAAUCACACAACGCAAUGGGUGUGAUCUUAGGCGGGUUCACCGGUCCCGGCGAUAUUUCGAUCUUCUGCAGGAUCUGGAGCAGCCACUUGUCGGACGCGCCGGCCACACCCGACUCUGCACAGACAGACACUCAACGAGAGAUGCCUGCCUGUCGCGUACACACGCACACAAGCUUGUUGCUUCCGUGCAUACCAGCCGAUGGUGGCAAGAUGGCCUCCGCCUGAGCAAAGGGGCGAGCAUGAGAUGCCCUUCUGUCGAUGGGCGUAUGUCUGCCUGGCUGUGUGCCUGCCCUAUUACUGACCGGUGCGUUGGCCGAUGUGUCUUGUUGUGGCUGCUGCUUCCACUGCCAUAUGUGCACCAGGGGCUCGUCCCCACAGGUGGCCAGCAGAUCAUACGGCCUGCAUAGGCUGGGUGCCCACGCCACAUCCUUCAGAGGGGCACUGCUCGCCUGCACACACACACACACACACACACACAGAGCACAACACAAUGUAACGCACACGCACAUCCCAUCAGCCCAGCCAUCGACCGGUCAGCCAACCUUUUGCUCUGCAAGCCUCGACCAGCCCCGCCCACUCCUGUAAUGAACCACAGCAGCCAGCCAUGCGGCGAUCCAAUCCAUCGCUGUGUGUGCCGCCCGCCAUGCCAUAGAUCGAUCCCCUACUCACUUGCCCCAGACGUCGAGUAUGCCGUCGUUGCCCACCACGGCCAGUAUCUGGUCCUCACUGUCGAAGUUCCACGCCAGCGCCGUGCAGCCUCGGGGGCAGUUGCUUCGCUUGUGACUUGUGAAGCAAUCCUCCUGACCGAUUGAUUGAACACACAGCUGCAAUGUGUGGGUGGUGAUGGCCGCCAUUGUGUGCGUACCAUUGGCCACGCCCCGAGCGAGAGGAGGUCUUGCGCCUCGUAGAUGCGGACGCUGCCGUCGGCACUGCACGUGGCCUGAUGCGUCGCGUGGGUGGUUGAGCAUUCAUCCAUCACACACACACGUGCGCGCCUCGGCUCUCUGUUUGUUGGCUGACCAGUCUGAGUCCAUGCUUCUUGGGCGAGAACUGGAUGUCGCGUACGGGCAUCUGACACGGAUAUUUCGACGCAGGCCACAAUGUGACCGUAGGGCGAUGACCGUGUGUGCGUUGGAUCGAUUCACUUGUGCGUCUGAGAGUUUCGCUCUCCUCUUCCAUAUGUUUGUCAGAUCUGCCGGCGCGCCGACAUUCUCAGCGUGGCCCUUUGGUCUGUAUCUCUCCGACCAGAUGCAGACAGUCCUGUCCUCCGAGCAAGUCGCAAGAACCUAUCCGCCAACGAGUACCUCUGUAGGGCCCACACUUGCGUGUCUUCUCUUGACUCGACUCACCUGGCCGAACUCGGGAUGCGCCCAGUCGACCCGCCAGAUGGGAGCAUCGUGAGCCUGACCACACACAGACGAUCUAACCCGUGCGUGCCGUGCCUCGAGACCACCCGUCGUACGCUCUCGAUGUUGGCUGACUCAUUCCACUCGCCGCUUCUCUGGUCGUAAUCAAACACAAUGACCUUCUGAGAUGACGAACACACCGCCAGCCGGUCACCUGCAUGAGCGACGGAGGGAGAAGAGUCAAGUCAUUCAGUGAAUGAAUGAAUGAACGAGUGAACGUUGUAGUGUAUUAGCGGUUGGUGUGACUGUGCUUACCGUAGUAGUUGUAUGUGAUGUCGUGGAUGUAGUCUGCUGACGUCGCCAGCCUCACUGUGAUGCUCUUGUCCAACCGCUGAUAAAUCAACACAAACGACAAGCAACGGACGAACGCUGUGAUUGAUUCAUCUUCCUUUGCUGACCAUCCUGACGCGCGGCUGUAUGGCGCUGCUGAUCUUCUC